UGCACAUUUGGCUUCUGUUCUCCGGAAAUGAUAAUAACAGUGCCUUCACCUACCCAGGGGUUAACAAAAGGAAGCACGACACCUAACCCAGCCCAUCCCAGCAUUGUUGAGGAGCAGUGUGUGUGUUGUGCACUAGCAGAGCUCCAGUGGUUAGAGUGUGAUAGCCUGUUUGAAGACAGGAGUUCCACACUAAUUCCAGUGCAGCUCAUACCAGCUACGUUUGGUCCAGCCUUUUCUCAGCCAGACCAGUCCAGCACAGCCAACUUGAGUUCAUCCAGUUCACUGCUGUCAGUCCCACAGCUCAUCCCAUCUGGACCAACCCAUCCUCUACAAUGACCGUCGUUUCUUCUCUGAGCUCAGCCGCCUCCUGCCCCCACUUGUACCGCCUUUCCAGCAAUGCCACCCAACCAAACGCCAUCACCGCCAUCAACAAUGUGAUCCUGCAGCAUUACAACCACACUGGCCGCCUGCAGAACAGGACCCUCUCAGGCAACCAGAACAACGUCAGCGUCACCAUGGUCCUCUUCCUCUUCUUCAGUGUGUUCAUCAUCCUGGAGAAUCUCCUGGUGUUGGUGGCUGUUCUCUCCCGCAUCUGCUACAGCCGGCGCUGGGUCUACGUCUGCAUCGCCAACAUCACGCUCAGUGACCUUCUGACCGGGGCUGCCUACGUGGUCAACAUCUGCAUGUCUGGCAGCCAGACGUUCCGCCUCAGUCCUGAGCUCUGGCUCUUCAGGGAAGGCAUGCUCUUUGUAGCUCUUGCAGCAUCCAUAUUCAGUUUGCUGCUGAUCGCCGUGGAACGUUACACCACCAUGAUGAAGCCCCUGCCCCGGAAGUCGGCCGGGAAGGCGUACUGUAGGAUCUAUGGCUUGGUGGCGCUCUGCUGGGUCUUAGCACUGGUGAUUGGCUUCCUCCCCCUGCUGGGCUGGAACUGUAUGUGCAACCUGGACAGCUGCUCCACCCUCCUCCCUCUCUACUCCAAGUCCUACAUCUUCUUCUCUCUCAUCAUCUUCUUCCUUAUCCUCCUGGCCAUCGGAGUGCUCUAUGGUGCCAUCUACUGCCAUGUGCACAGAAGUACACACAUUGUUGCCCACCGCGGCCGCAAACGCUCCUUGGCCCUGCUGAAGACCGUUAUCUCCAUCGUUGGGGUCUUCAUGCUUUGCUGGGGGCCGCUCUUCCUGCUGUUGCUGGUGGAUUUCUUCUGCGUCUCCCGCCACUGUGCAUUUCUGUUCAAUGCUGACUUUUUCAUCGCCCUGGCGGUCCUUAACUCGGGCCUGAACCCCAUUAUCUAUGCCCUGGGCAGCAGCGAGUUGAGGAAGGCCAUUGCUGAGCUCCUGUGUUGCUGCUGCCUGAAGGCUGGCAUCUGCAGCCCCGACACCUUCCUGUCCAAGGACACCAGCAGCACAUCAGAGAACAGGAGGGACAGUCUGAGGAACAGCUUCAACAAGAUCAGGAAUCUGAGUGUGGCCUCCCCACCAUCAACUCCACGCAAAAAUCACAAGGCCAGCAAAAAGUGCAGGCUGAGCUCCACCACCACCUGCCUGUCUGUUUCCAGUGACUAAACCGCAACAUGUGCCACUCCCAAACAAACAAGACUUCUGAGCAAUGAUACGCAUCUGACGGUUUCCUCCAAGUUUUGGUUUGAGUGUUUAAUGCCUUGUCAUAAUAUGCUUGCCUUAAUGAUCACACCCAGCUGUAACCCUCAUUGAGAAAAACAUACAUUUAGCAUGCAACUGCACUGUGAAAAGAAGAAAUGCUGUAUUUAUCGUACAUGCAGUAAAGGAGUCAUCCCUUUACUGCAUGUACUCACCGAUCUAUAAGUCUGUUUUUUAAUAUAGAUCAGUGUAUGCACUGAUGUAUAUCUUAGCAUCUUAUUGAAGUUUUUGUUUUUGUUUUUUUUUUUUACAGAAUUGCAUUGGAGUUAAUGUUGUUGCAU